CAUUUUGAGGAUUUUGUCACUGGAAUUUCAACUUUAUAGACAGAAUUUCUCAAAGUAGAAACAACUUGUGCAUAUUUUCGUUGUUAUUUUGUAGCUUUUUACAGAAAAAUGGAAACUUUAUACCAUCAAACGAAUCAAUUACUACAAGAAGCUACUGAUUUAUUUCUUAAGUUAGAGAAAGAAGCAGCUAAUAGUGACGAAAUUGAGAAUGCUAUCCAAUCAAAAAUUAAUGCAAUUAACGCGAAUUGUGAGAAACUUGACAUAUUUGUAUUUAAAACUCCCAUUAAUCAAAGACCAAUGGCUAAAAUGAGAGUGGAUCAAUUGAAAUACGACAAUAAGCAUAUACAGGCAUCAUUAACAAACGCUCAAAACAAAAGGCAGAGAAGGGAACAAGAGAGAGCUGACAGAGAGCAACUUUUGAGUAGACGUUUUGGUCAUGAUCACACGGCUAUAACGGUGGACUAUUUGGCACAGGAACAGACCUCCUUGGUGAAUUCACAUAGAAAUGUUGAUGAGAUGUUGCACACAGGCUCAAGCAUCUUGGAGACUUUGCGCUACAACCGGGAGACAUUGAAGGGUGCCCACAGGAAACUCAUCGACCUGGCCAAUACCCUUGGACUCUCGAAUGCAACUAUCUCUCUCAUCGAGCGGAGAGUGUCACAGGAUAAACAUGUUCUCUUUGGUGGUAUGUUCGUUACUUUGGCUGUGAUAGUUCUUGUGAUUAUAUAUCUUACGUAGUUUUUGUAUAUAUUUUAUAUUUGAGGACGUUUGUAUAUUUAAUGAGAUUUGGAUAGCUGUAUUUUCUAUAUAAAGAAACAAUGUAAACAAUUCCGUGACAUGUCUUUUGUUACUCUCCUGUGUGAUUUAUUUUA